UUUUAAUACUUUGGUGUCUCAGAUGUCCUUUGAUCUGUUCCACAUUUGGCUGCUAUUUCUAGCUAUGGCGGCAACCUCCUACACGCUCCAUCGUUUCUUCUUUAAGUUUGUUUGUUGUGUGUUUUAGGUGGAGAAAUGUUCUUAAAAUAAACUCCAACCACAGAAAUGCUGAGAAUCCAAUGCUUUAUUAUAAUUUAUCGAACCCUUGUUUCUUGAUAUAAGAAUAUCAGAUGACAUUGGCAUAACUGAAGAUACAUUCUCAUUAUUUAUCAGCUUUUUAAAGACCAAAAUGGAAAUAUUGUACAGAACAGAUAUAUAAGAUUGUUUCUAUAAAUCUGUGGUGGAAUUCCUCUGAUAUAUUUACUCUGAAAUGUGUUAUUAGCAAACCUUCUGGACAUCACUGGCUGGAGUGUCUACAAGAUGAGCCUGUUUGCAGAUUGAAUGUGGAUAAAUUUAGUUGUUUUGUGACAAAGGUAACAGUGGCCAGAAAUACAACAGUUGAAAUAUUUGUAAACAAAAGACUAUAGAAGCAAAAAGAAUAAAAAAAGAAGGUAUAUUGUGAAGUUGAAGGAAAAAUAAUGGAAAAGAGUGAGAAAGUGAAGGAACAGAUUUUACCAGAAGUUAGCAAAAAAGAGAGACAAAAAUUGUCACAUGACUGUGAUGUGUGUAAAAAGUCUUUCUCAAGUAAAUGUAACUUAAAUAGUCACAAACGUAUUCAUACAGGAGAGAAGCCAUUUCACUGUGAAAUCUGUGGUAAAUCAUUCUCUGACCGAAAUCAUUUAAAUUCUCACAUACGUGUUCAUACUGGAGAGAAGCCAUUUCACUGUGAAACCUGUGGUAAAUCAUUCUCUCAAAGAAGUGCUUUAACUAAACACAAACCUAUUCAUACAGGAAAGAAGCCAUAUUCCUGUAAUAUCUGUGGUAAAUUAUUUCCUGGUAAAAGUGCUCUAACUUAUCAUAAACGUCUUCAUAUAGGAGAGAAGUCAUUUCAGUGUGAUAUUUGUGGUAAAUCAUUCUCUCAAAGAAGUGCUUUAACUAAUCACAAACCUAUUCAUACAGGAAAGAAGCCAUAUUCCUGUAAUAUCUGUGGUAAAUUAUUUCCUGGUAAAAGUGCUCUAACUUAUCAUAAACGUAUUCAUACAGGAGAGUCACACUAUCAUUGUGAUAUCUGUGGUAAAUCAUUCUCUCAAAGUGGCCACCUAACUACUCAUAAACGUAUUCAUACAGGAGAGACACCAUAUUCUUGUGAUGUCUGUAAUAAAUCUUUCUCUACCAGUAGUAACCUAAUGACCCAUAAACGUAUCCAUACAGGAGAGAAGCUAUUUCCUUGUGAUAUCUGUGGUAGGUCAUUCACUCAACAUAGCAGCUUAACUUCUCACAAAUGUGUUCAUAAGGGGAAGAAGCAAUCCCACUGAUAUUUAAACUAAAUCAUAAUCUCUAAGGGGUUACUGAAACUCUUUACCAUGCAGGUUAUUCUGUCGAAUGUGAUGUUUAUUUAUUCACAUUAUUUUCAAUUUGCCAUCCAAAGGUUUAGUAAAAUUCUAUCAAUUAGAAAAAAGAUAUUUAAUUUUAAUUCUCAAAUUUUUAUCAAUUUUUGCGUGAUAUUAAAUGGACACUACUCAUAUAUGAACUUAGGCGCACACACACAGACACAAGAGACAAAAGACAAUACAAAGAGUUUUCAAAUUGAGUAAACAGGAGUAGUUGUGUGGUAAGUAGCUUGGUUAUCUUUGUCGGAGACGGACGUGUUUGUUUUUGGCGGAGAGUUCUUGGUGCUUGAUGUCACAUCUUUCGUUGUGAAAUAUUGAACUUUGAGGCUCGACUACAGGUAGGCGUUUGUCGUAUUUUUUGAGGGCUUAGUGAAGUUUGUUGCCCUGUAUUUAAUAUAUUUUGGUGAGUAAUAGACUCCAGUCUGCUCCAGACAUUUUCCUGCCUGUGGCCGCCUUUACAGACUCACUUUGCAGUGAGAAUUGUGUUUGCGAGGAGGCGUAGCCCCUCCGCAAAAAUUAAUGUGUUUUGAAAUUGUCUUUGUGUUUUCCACCGGAUUUACCACGGAGUACCAUGGAUUCUUUUUGCAAGGUGUUUUACCAGCUGGACAUUUGGCCUGGAGUACCUUUUUUGGCCUAAAAAAGAGAAAAGAGAAAAAAGAAAAAAUUUAAUUCCUUUGUCUGGAUUUGAACUCUCUUCUUCGAGCUCUCAUUUAUUUUUUGAAAAAGAACUUUUUUGACCUGCUAUUUCUAAUUUUGUUUCUUCCCUUCUGUUGUAUUUUUCAUUCUCCUUUUUGUGUCUAUUUUUAUAUCUUUAUACUUCGAACUGUUAUUGAACUUUGUGUUACCAUGGCAAAGGAAUUUACGGUGUGGGAAUUGACACCUCCCAAAAAGUACUUAAAAGAGCUGGAGGAGGAGGCUGUGGUGUUGAGGACUUACUCGAAGUCGCUCCACACCACAGCCGUCUUCCCGAAGGCCACCAUACUGAACGAGCUGGCGGAUUACAUGCCAGCCCUUAAAUUUAUCGCACGGGGAGUGAAAUACGCAACGGUCUGGUUGCUGUUUGACUCCCCAAAAGAAGCUUGCGAUUUUGCAAGCCAGCCCCUUGAGGGCAAAGAAGUGUUGUUUCUCCCAAAUUACAAGGGAGAAAAAUUAUUGAGAGCCUGGAUCUGCGGCUUACCACCCGGCGUUGAACCCGAGUGGAUAGAGGAUUCUAUCCGCUGGGGUCUGGAUGGUAGCAGUUCCAAGCUGCUGAAUGUAAAAGUGUUGCCUGCGGCUGAUUGGGAAGGGGCAAAAGCUGUGUUGACCCUGUGGACCCAAUCAGCCAAAAGUCUGGUUUUCCCAGAUUUCUUGAGGAUGGCCGUGUCCAGGUAUCCGGUGAUGCUUGAGGGACGCCCCCCCCCCCCCCAGGUGUCACCUGUGCCUGGAGACCGGCCACAUUAAGAAGAACUGCCCCAAGGACCAAAGUAGGAUGCUAGAGCAGUUGAUGUUGGAGCCUCUUCCUGUCUCCUCAAAGGAGGGAGAGAAACAGAACGAGGAAGCAAUAACUUCCUCAACGAGAAAAAGAAAAGUGGGAAACAAUGGUGACCCACCAAAAGACCCGGAAGCUGUGAGAGAAAAAGAGGAUCCGUUGUGUGCAACACCAGAACCUAAACCUCCCGCGGCCCAAGGAAAAAAGAAAAGAAACGGGACGCCGCCGUGCAGAUUUUGACACACAGACGGCCUCUCCCGAGCCUCCUCAGGUGGAUGAACCGUCGGAGGUCAAUUAUGUGGUCCUCUUCCACAAAGGAGGGACCAUGGAGAACAAGAUAAGGAAAAUGAAAUGGAGAGGCCAAUGGAAGGGUCUCCGGUCCUGCACAGAGGACCCUAAGUGGCCUUCGCAGGUAGCUGCGGAGCUCCUAUUGGAAAAUGAUCUGUGCAGGAUCGCGAAUACCUUUACAUUUCUACUUGUGCGGCCUGGUUGGAAGCGGGUGAGUGUUUCAAGGAAGCAAGAGCGCUGGUCGGCCGGGUAACUGAAACCUGUGGAUGCUGUGCAUCAUAUUGAAAAAGAGGUUCGUUGCCUCUUGUGACAUUUGUAAAAUUUUGAACAUUUUUGAACUUAUUGAAAAAAGGACAUUGUCUUAGAGAAGCAGGGGUCGGCGGGCGCUUUCGUCUUCUCCCAUCACCAUCUUCGUUCCAUCACCAUCAUUAAUUAAUGUCUAUGUCCAGCC